GUGACCAAUUCGUGGCUAAGUUACGCGUUUUUUUCACUUUCUUGUCCUGUUCAUUUGCUCUCUGUCCUUGUGUGUUUUCUGCGUGUUCAUAGUAUUUACCCAUUAUGGCUCGAAGUCACGUCUACGGACAACGGAAACGUAAGAAGAAGGACUUUGCGAAUUUACGUGGUAGAGGCAGGCAUGUGACGGAGCCUGCGGAUUUGAGAGAUUUUGGGAAUGCAGGAUGCUCCAGCCGUGCUGUUCCCAGUGAUCGUUGCACUUCGACGACUCCACAUCGCGCAGAUACCCUUGUAGGCUCAACCUUUGGUGGUAGUGUUGUUCCUCAAACUGUAACUGAUGCCGGUCGGAAUGCUUGUUUCGCUUCGAGCACAAGCGAAAUUCGUCCUUCAAAUUCGUCAUUUGCUGAUUCAGCUGAGGUAGAUAAUGUAGUCCCCUGCAGUUCAGGUUGUGACGAGCUUGCCGGUUCCAGAGCAAGUCCCGUUCCAAUCACUGCCGCUGUUACACCCAGUCGAUCUUCAUCUUUCGAUACUGGCAAUGUUCACCAGACACAGAGUCAGCGCACAAGCAGUGUGAAUGGUCGGCGUAUAGUGGAGAUUGAUCACUUCUUCUCGUCUUUGCAAAGUUUGUCGGUACAUAGUCCGUUUGGUUGCGGCCUGGCUGACAUGGAAAUUGUAUCAGAACAUCGGCGAGGUCUGUGUAGCUCUUUCAGUUUGAAGUGCAGGAUGUGUCUGAGGAAAGAUGUAGUCACAACAGAGGCACCAGUUGAUCAACUUGUUCAACAACGCAUGGACGUCAAUUCCUCAGCAGUGAACGGUAUCGUGUCUAUAGGUUCUGGUUUCUCAGGCCUUCGCGAGCUCCUAGGUGCUCUGGACAUACCCGGCAUGGCUGGUAGCACGUACAGUAAGUAUCAGGAUAUUGUUGCUAAAGGAAUCGACGAAACAGCUUGGGAAGGAAUAAGAAAAGCAGGCAUUGAGGAAGCUCGGUUAGCUAGGGAGGCUGGGGACGUCGAUGCUGACGGUUUUCCUAUAAUUACGGUCGUUGCCGAUGGUGCUUGGUGCAAACGUUCAUACAAGAACAAGUACGACGCUCUUUCUGGCUUGGCUGUAAUUGUUGGGUACCGCACAAAGAAAGUACUGUUCCUAGGCGUCCGGAACAAAUUUUGUACACUGUGCGCAAGUUCCAAGGCAGGGUCGAGCCCAAAAAAGCAUCUGUGCUUCAAGAACUGGGACAGCAGCUCUACCAGUAUGGAGAAGGAUAUCGUCGUUGAAGGCUUCAGGCGCAGCAUUGAGUUGCACGGGGUAAAGUACUUGCAGUUGAUCGCUGACGGUGAUUCGAGCACAUACAAGUCAAUUCUUGAAGCUGCACCGUACCAGCAUCAGGUAGUUCAGAAGGUAGAAUGUCGCAACCACCUUCUUCGAAACUAUGUAAGUCGUCUUCGAGAUGUUGCUUUGGCAAAGAGAACAACCCCCAUUCCCCCAUCGUUGAAGAAGCUACUUCUGGAUAAUGCUGUUCGACUAAGAGUUGGAGUUGCUAGGGCUAUUCACUAUCGCAAAGAGCAGGCCGAGUUCAGCAAACAAGAUCAGAUUCGGAACCUGGUGGCUGAUAUCCGUAAUGGGCCACUCCAUGUGUUCGGCGACCACGCAAAAUGUGCGGGUUACUUUUGCAGUGGUCCAAAAGAAGGGGAAGUCAAUCACGUCCCAGAGCUCAGGAAAUGCGGACUUUUCAAUGAAAUCCUUGUAGCGAUGAGUCGUUUGGCAAACAAUGGUAGCAGCUUGAUCCUUGACGUUAACAAUAAUGCUGCAGAACAUUUCAAUUCUCUCGUUGCAAAGUUUUCUGGCGGUAAAAGAAUAAACUUUUCCCAGAGGGGAUCAUUCGGAAUGCGGGCUUCAGGAGCUGUCGUGUCUUUCAACUCUAAGCAGUACCAUCGUGCUCUACAUAAGGCAGUGUACAACACCAGCCCUGGGAAGUAUGCAAAAAUUAUGCUGAAGCGUAAAGCAGCUGUUCGUGCUGCUUGCAUAAGGCAUCGGAGUUCUGGGGCUGCUCGCUGUAAGCGUUCACUUGAAGGUGCGCCUUGCAAGCGUGCUUCCAGCGACAACCACUAUGGUUCCAUAGUGGAUGCUCCAGACAUGAACCACGAUGACUAUGUUGAAGCUGCUGCGGCGUACAAGGAUUCCCUUGUGCUCUCCCAACCAGAUGCAGAGCAGCUCGAGGCUGAUACUCGAGGUCAAGAAGGGAGAACUUUGUGGAUGCAGGAGAGGCGAAAGCGACUCACCGCUUCUAAUUUUGGCAAGGUAUGCAAGAUGCGAGAUGCAACGAGCAGUGCAAGUACUGUUCGUUCCUUGCUCUAUGGUCAUUUUGACACUGAGGCUCUCCGAUAUGGUCGCGACACUGAGCCCAUUGCAAUUGCUAAGCUGCAGGAUGAGUUAGGGGUGACUGUUUCACCAUGCGGCCUUGUUGUUGAUCGGGAGUUUGCAUACCUUGCUGCAACACCUGAUGGGCUUGUCGGUGAUGACACUGUCGUGGAAGUGAAGUGCCCUUAUUCGGCUCGGCCCCUUACCCCUGUGGAGGGAGUGCGGGCAAAAAAAAUCACCUUUUGCACUAUUGAUAACUCUGGUAAUAUUUCGUUGAAGGAAAACCAUGACUACCACUAUCAGGUGCAGGGACAGCUCCACAUCACUCGACGUCAGUUUUGUCUUUUUGUGGUAUAUUCUGGCGAGGAAAUUUUUGUCCAGAAGAUCGAGAGAAAUGAUGGCUUCUGGAGCAAAAUGAUUGGCCACCUUCAACUGUUCUACUCGCAUAGCCUUCUACCGGAGUUGGUUGACCCUCGUCAGUCCCGUGGGCUGCAGCUCAGAGAUAACAAGAAGAGUGACCAUCAGGUUGCCUCGCUCUGUGAUGCCGCCAAAACAACUUCCAAUCAGGGCGAUUCAUCCAGAAAGAGACGGAAGACUGGUAAAGAUAACUCACCUGCCGCUGUUCUGUAAUUAUGGCUAGACUGUGGAUUUACGUGUCAUUUAGUUUGUGCGGCUCCACCUUUGCCAAGUGUUUUAAUGCAUAUUCAUCCAUUUUGCUUCAUAAUUUACUGAAUGUUUUUCCAUAUACAUGUCUUCGACUUUGGCUCAGGCUGCAUAUCUUCACGUUUGUGUUUCAUAUUUAAGUUACCUUUUUCCAUUUUUACUGUGCAUAUCUGUGCAUAUUUUUCAAUUUUCCUAAAUAUUUAUAUUAAUAUAUUUCUAUGUAUAAAUCCACAGACUAGUCGUGCGAUGCUUGUCAUAUUUUAAACAUGGCGUAAGAGUGUGAAAUCUGAAUCCAGCCAUCAGCACGUGAGGAUCUAAGUAUGAGAAUGGUGCACAAUCUCCCAACCAUAGAACCGUCUUCCCCGGCAUUGUUGAAACACGUCCACACGUUGAUGCUAUAUGUGUGAGGCCAUCAUGGUAUUCUACCUUGGCUUGAGUGUAUGAAGAUAUAGCAAAGCUGUCCCCAAACCGUCGUUCUUCCCAGGCAUGGUUGAAACACGUCCACACGUUGAUGCUACAUGUGUGAGGCCAUCAUGGUAUUCUGCCUUGGCUUGAGUUUAUGAAGAUAUAGCAAAGCUGUCCCCAAACCGUCGUUCUUCCCAGGCAUGGUUGAAACACGUCCACACGUUGAUGCUAUAUGUGUGAGGCCAUCAUGGUAUUCUACCUUGGCUUGAGUGUAUGAAGAUAUAGCAAAGCUGUCCCCAAACCGUCGUUCUUCCCAGGCAUUGUUGAAACACGUCCACACGUUGAUGCUACAUGUGUGAGGCCAUCAUGGUAUUCUGCCUUGGCUUGAGUUUAUGAAGAUAUAGCAAAGCUGUCCCCAAACCGUCGUUCUUCCCAGGCAUGGUUGAAACACGUCCACACGUUGAUGCUAUAUGUGUGAGGCCAUCACGGUAUUCUACCUUUGCUUGAGUGUAUGAAAAUUGUGGAAAGAAACAUGAAUGGUAUUCCUAGCACUUUUGAAGCUCCACCAGCCUGUUCAGAUGUCGACAUCCUGAGUAUGAAUCCAUUUUGAUAUUUUGACAAGGUCGGUAAGUAUCAUUGUGCAGAGCUGUCUCCCAACUGUCGCCAGUUCCCCGCAUUGUUGAGCACGAGCAACAUCCCAACAUGUCGCUCUGCGUUACGUCCUCUUGCCAUCUUGCCUUUACUUGGGUGUCAUUUCAACAUAUGAAAAUUGUAUUUUCAGAUUCAGGUAUCCAGUACUACUGCAAAUAUGAUGGCCAGACGCCCAAAGGUCAAACUUCCUAAGUGUUACUGUCUUUACCUGUCAUUUGAAAAUUUCCUACUCUCUCCCUGAUUAUGAAGCACCUGCCCUUGCCAGUGUUGUACCUGGUUCAGCAUUAUGUGGCCAAUGAUGAAUGGUGCCCUGUUGGACAUUUUUUUUCCAUAAACACACACUCUGAGGCUUUAGCUGCCAACUGACAAGCAUGGCAAAAGCAACUAUCAGUUGCUACUUCAUUGCUCAAAAAGGAAACUCGUUGCUGAGUAACACGUUCCAAGUUUUUACUAUUCCCAUAUUAUGAACCUGGCUCUGUCCACCAGGAUGCUAUAUGUUGAUGCCGUAUGUGCGAGACCUUCAUGUCAAAGUGCGCCUACAUGCAGCGGACUGUAUGGUACUUCAUUAUGUGUGUAUGCCACAUCGCCAAUGAUGAAAUGUGCUGUUGGAUACUGUAUCCACGAAUGAACAUUCUGAGGCUACAAGCAUGAGCUGAUACGCAUAAGUAAUGCAGAAAACGUGACGAUGUAUACAUGCUGCGUUCUUCAAUAAAAUAUCUCCAAUCUACCAAUA